AUGAAAGUAAAGCAACUACUCAAGGACAAGAAAUUCUGGUUUGCUUCUUUCCUCGUUGCCUGGGCUGCUGCUCUGCAGGGGCAUAUGAUAUGGUUGCAGAAGCAGGACUCCUUCAAGCAGCAACUAAAUUUUAUUGUUUAUAUGAAUUAAGGCUUUGUUCAUGUUCUCUUACCUGUCAGCAACUUGCAACAAAAGCUGAGCUGAAGUCAUGCUCGAUAAGGCUGAUACCCAAAGCAGAUAUUGAAGUUUAUUCAA